AUGAAAAAGGCCUGUCAGGCUUCCAAUCUCGCGUUGGUGCCACGACCGGUGUGGGAGCUGGGCUUGGAGACGACAGCCUGGACUCACUCUGCGGAACAAUUGAGAGCCAGAUUGCGUCAAACCAUCACGUACCCGGAGUGGUUGGAAGGAAAAGUGGCCGGAAUAGCACUGAAGAUGUCCGGAAACACUGCUCCGGUUGCCGAUCCCAAAGGGUAUUUCCAGGUGCUGGGGCUCGAUCCACGGACCGUACCAGAAGGCUUCGAGCUGCUCCUCACUGCCUGCUAUCGAACCUUGGCGCGCACACGACACCCUGAUAAGACGGGCGGCGAGACCACUGAGGAAUUCAAGAAGCUUCAAGAGGCAUACGAGAAGCUCUCCGAUAAAACGUUUCGGGAACAGUAUCUGGCAGGUGGUCUAAAAUAG